CAUCCUUUCCCACGCCAGACCAACUUGAGAUUGCUUUGGAGGUUGAAACUAACAGGUCAUAGGGUAAAGGCUGUCCAGUCAGCAUCCCAGCAUCCUCCACAGUCGAACCAACACACAGCCAUCUUGGAUAUCCUCGGAGAAGAGAAAUUAAUGCGGUGACAUACAGCAUGUAUACUCCCACAACAAGAAAGAAGUUCGUAGAGGGGGUCGAAAGUGACUACCCCGAUGAGAGCAUAUACUACGGCCAGCCGUCCAUGUUCCCUCAUCGCUCAGAGAAAGACAUGCUGGCUUCUCCAUCCCCGUCGUCGUCAGGUCAACUAUCGCAGCUCGGAGCCAGUUUAUACGGCCCACAAAGUGCACAAGGCUUUCCUAUGAGGGGCAUGAACAACAGCACGCCUCAGUUGAACCGCAGCUUACCACAGCAGGGCUCCCAGCUGCCCAGCCACGUGCCCCCCACGACGGGAGUGCCCACCAUGUCCCUCCACACCCCGCCCUCGCCAAGCAGGGGCAUAUUGCCGAUGAGCAACAGGAACAUGCUGAACCACAACCAGGUUGGGGGGGGCCAGGCAGGGCCGGGCAUGGGGGGUGGCAGGACCAACAGCAUGGGCAGCUCAGGGCUGGGCAGCCCCAACAGGAGCUCGCCCAGCAUCAUCUGUAUGCCCAAGCAGCAGCAGUCACGGCAACCCUUCACCAUCAACAGCAUGUCGGGGUUUGGUAUGAACAGGAAUCCAGCGUUUGGGAUGAACAACUCGUUAUCUACCAACAUCUUCAAUGGCACAGACGGCAGCGAGAACGUGACAGGGCUGGACUUGUCGGACUUCCCCGCGCUUGCAGACAGGAGUCGAAGAGAAGGGAACCCUACGCCUCUCCUAAACCCUCUGGCAGGGAGGGCCCCCUAUGAUUCGCUAUACUAUCCCUCACCAGUUGGCAUGGUGACCAAGCCGUCGAGUGAACAGAGCCAGGAUUUCUCCAUACACAAUGAGGACUUCCCGGCCCUGCCCGGCCCCAACUACAAGGACCCCACGUCGGCCGGCGACGACAGCAAGACGAAUCUGAACUCUUCAGGCAAGAGCUCGUCCAGCACAGACGGCCCCAAGUUCCCCGGAGACAAGGGUUCCACGGCGCCUAGCAACAACCAGCAGAAGAAAGGAAUCCAGGUGCUACCAGACGGCCGGGUGACGAACAUUCCCUCAGGGAUGGUAACAGACCAAUUUGGGAUGAUCGGCCUGCUAACGUUCAUCAGGGCGGCAGAGACGGACCCUGGCAUGGUGCACCUGGCCCUGGGCAGCGACCUCACCACCCUGGGCCUCAACCUCAACUCACCUGAAAACUUGUAUCCCAAGUUUGCAUCUCCGUGGGCCUCAGCUCCAUGUCGACCCCAGGACAUUGAUUUCCAUGUUCCAUCUGAGUAUUUAACCAACAUUCACAUAAGGGACAAGCUGGCUGCUAUCAAGCUGUCGAGGUAUGGCGAGGACCUGUUGUUCUACCUGUACUACAUGAACGGAGGAGACCUGCUACAGCUGUUGGCUGCAGUCGAACUGUUCAACCGGGAUUGGCGGUACCACAAGGAAGAGCGGGUGUGGAUCACACGGGCGCCGGGCAUGGAGCCCACACUGAAGACCAACGCCUACGAGAGGGGCACGUACUACUUCUUCGACUGUCUUAACUGGAGGAAGGUUGCCAAGGAGUUCCACCUGGAAUACGACAAGCUGGAAGAGCGUCCUCAUGUUCCCUCCACCUUCAACUACAACCCUGCCCAGCAAGCCUUCUAAGAUUGGCUGACUGGCUGCUCAAUCCCACCCACGCCCCACAAGGGAGUGGCUGUCCUGGCCCGUCACUCAGUGAAUCCCCGACCGCAGCAGCUGCAGAAACUCCUGUGAUUGGCUCAGGCUCCAAUGGUUUUUAUUCCUUCCUUAACAACAGAUCGGCCAAUCAGGACUCAGAUAGGCCAACCCUCCGCCAUUUUGGCUCGGAGAGGUGCCCGCCUCCCCAGAACGAUGUGCUGCCCAAAAACAGACGCUUUCUUUUAACAUUUUUGUUUUCUUUUCCUCCUCUUCUCUCUCUUCCUUUUCCCAUUUUUUGUUUUGUUGUCGUUUGAACAUUCAGACUUUGGUUUACGCCUCCUUGCAAACGAACAGACAGACAUACGAGGCUAGACAAUGGACAUCACCAUCACAUACCCACACAAAGCUGUACAUACACACUCACACCUCCAGACCUACCUAAAAACUCUGACCGUGACAGAGUCGUACCAGUUUCUAUGGUGUUCAGAGACAAUAACAUGGAAAUCAAACCUCACCACUUCCCUACCUUCCUAUAGCACAGACAAACAAAACAGUCAAAGAGGCCAGGUGAAAAAUGCAAUGUUCAUUGUAGCACUAUUUCGUAAUAAAAGAACACAAAAGAUGUUUGUGGAUUCCUUAUGUAACGACACUCACAAUCUCACCACAAUUAAAUUCCAGAAAGACAAGCACCUCUGAACAAGCACACAUUUUUUUCUUUCUUUCCUUUCUUUCUCCCUCCUUUCAUCCUCAUGUUUUCACUCCUCUCCUCCCUGAAUGUAUCUCCCCCUCUCUCUGGUAUAGAGCAGAGAGUGCCACCUAUGUGUGGGAGGUAGCAGGUUUCAGUUCCAUGACGAGCCACCAUUCUCACCCGUUGUUGCAAUUUUGUAAUAGAUGUGUACAUUUUGUUUCUUUUUCCUUUUUUAAGUUUUCUUGGGGACAUCACACAAAAAAAUGACAUGUAUGUACGAAUGUGUAUAUAUUAUAUAUAUGACAUCUAUUUUGGAGAAGUAAAAUGCAAAAAAAAAACUUAAAGAAGAGAAAAAGUUGCCAUGCUGUACCUCGUUUUUAGGAGGUCGGCUUG